GAGUUGAUUUCAGGAAGUAAAGUGGUCAAGUUUACUGUGGAGGAACGAAAACAUAACUGAAGUGACAGGAGAAACAUCUUCGUCGGUGUGUAUAAUGGCCGAACCCAGAAUGUCGUCCAUUGAUGGAAAGCUGGCUGAAGAAUUUGCUGUUCCCUCCCACGUCCAGGAGGUCAAGGAGAAGAUGGCUGCUUUCGCCGCCUGUCACGCCGAAGUGGGCCGCAGAGUGGUCCUCAUCACGUCAGGCGGCACCAAAGUCCCCCUGGAGUCGCGCACCGUCCGCUUCCUGGAUAACUUCAGCAGCGGCAGGCGAGGAGCCUCCUCGGCGGAAUACUUCAUCGACUCGGGCUACGCCGUCAUUUUCCUGCACAGGCACCGCUCUCUCUACCCCUACACACGCCUGUUCUCCACCAUCAACAUGCUGGAUGCCCUGCAGCUCAGGGCGGGAGACAGUGAGGGAGCGGGGGAGGUGGUGGUCGACCAGCAGGUGCUUCCAAACAUCGCCAGAGUGCUGAAGAGGUACAACGAAGUGAAAGACGGAGGACUUCUUCUACCCAUCGAGUUCAACACUCUUUCAGAGUAUCUGCACUUACUGAAAGCAUCGGCACAGGCGCUCAGCUCUAUAGGGUCAAAGGCCAUGUUCUACUUGGCUGCAGCUGUCUCUGACUUCUACAUCCCGGCGUCAGAAAUGCCUGAACACAAAAUCCAGUCUUCUAACGGACCUCUUCAGCUCAGCAUGAAGAUGGUUCCUAAGAUCCUGUCACCCCUCGUUAAGGACUGGGCGCCUCAGGCGUUCGUCACUUCCUUCAAGCUGGAGACGGACCCGACCAUCCUGCUGGACAGGGCCCGGCGGGCUCUGGACACCUACAGGCACCAGGCGGUGGUGGCCAACGUGCUGGACUCACGACGGGGUUACGUGGUGGUCGUGACCCCGGAGUCCCGGGAUGAGCUGGUCGUCACCGAGGGCGACGUGGAGAAGGGCGUGGAGAUCGAGGAGCGGAUAGUGAGCAACCUGACGACGGCGCACAAUGAGUUUAUAACUCAGCAAGCCGCUGGACGGAAAUGACCCUGACCCAGUCUGCGGUUCGGGUUUAAUUCAUGAGGAGUUUCCUCUACGAACAAAUCAAGCUGAUUAUCGUUAACGUUGUUUGAAUGUUUAUUAAUGUCAUCAGAAUAAACGUGAUUUCAGGAUAACUGACCAAUAACAACUCAACUCUCUGGACUCGCUGCUGGCUACUUGAGCUUGGUGCUCUUUUUGACACCGGCCCGAAUCCCAGACGCCUCGCCUCCGUACCGCGUCUCUUCCUUACGGACACUUUGCACCUGGUGAGAACAAAAGCAGGUUAAGAAUACGGUACGGAUGAUAAUCUGACAUGAUUCCUUCAACGCUGCAUGCGACACAAACCUGUCCCCUCCUGCGGAUUUUGGCCCGUCUGAACUUUUCUCUGUGCUUGACUCUGGGAUUCCGGUCGAUCUUCUUCCUCUUGGGCGUCAGCCCCUUGUUCUUGGCCAUCUGUGGAGGCACCAGAGCAGAAAACACUGAGAACUGAUCCGGGAUUAGGGCAGAAACAUGAAGAUGCAUGAGAGAUAUUUGAUCUGCUGUGUUGUCAGUGACACUUGAGACGAUUCGCAAAUAAAACCGCAGCAUUAAAAAAA